AUUGAACCAUUGACCAUCCACAGCUCCAAAGAAAAGAGAGAAUAUAAUAAAUAAUGGAAUAAUGAAAACCCAAACCAUGGCUCAUCUCCUUGUUCCUCCGAUGAUUGCCAAUGCCAUGGCUCAUCUCCUUCCUCUCUCCUCUCCUUUAUCCAUCACUCUCUGCUUCUUUGCGUGGUUGCAAGCUUUCUUGGUCGUCCAUGGCAAUACUAAUAACAUCACCAAUCCUUCUUCUCUCACCCCCAUGAACCGCGAUCUCUACCAUUCCAGUGGGGAUUUGAUGGAAGAAAUUAAAGCUCUCGUCUUUCGGCACCCAGACGAGCUCACUUUGGAUACAAUGAAAUCUCGAAACAAGGGCUACUCUGCUGAGAUCGCAAUAGUUACCUAUUGCCGGAGAAGGCAAGAGACUGAUGACCAGCCAAAGUUACGGAUCCUUCUUAGUUUUGGGCAGCAUGGAAGGGAGCUUAUUACAUCCGAGCUUGCAUUACGAAUCCUAUCAAUCUUGAGUAAAGAACAGUUUCUACCCAACCUGGACCCCGUGUCCUUAGACAGUACCCUUGACAAGCUCUUGAUAAAGGUGGUUCCGAUGGAAAACUUAAAUGGCCGUAGACUUGUUGAAGCAGGAGACCUCUGUGAGAGGAGAAAUGGGAGGGGAGUUGAUCCCAACCGUAAUUGGAGCGUGGAUUGGGGAAAAAAAAGAGAAGACUAUUCUUUUGCUUUUAUUUUGUUUUUCUAUCCCAGGAUUAUGAUCCAUCCUGGAACUGCUCCUUUCAGCGAGCCUGAAACUCAGAUAAUGCGGAAAGUUUCCAUGUCAUUUGAUCCACACAUAUGGAUUAAUAUACACUCUGGGAUGGAGGCUCUAUUUAUGCCGUAUGACCAUAAGAACACAACCCCAGAUGGACUUUCCUCCCACCAGAUGAAGUCAUUGCUUGAAGAACUCAACCAACUGCAUUUCCAAAAGCGUUGCAUGGUUGGGUCUGGUGGAGGUUCUGUUGGGUACCUGGCACAUGGGACAGCAACUGAUUUUAUGUUCGACAUUGUAAAGGUGCCAAUGGCUUUCACCUUUGAGAUAUAUGGAGAUGGAGCAGCCUCAUCAAGAGAUUGCUUCAAAAUGUUCAAUCCCACAGAAUUGGGUACCUUCAAUAGAGUUCUCAAUGAAUGGUCAGCUGCAUUUUUCACAAUUUUUAAAUUGGGGCCAGAGCAGCUUGGUGAAAAUUAUUCAAAGUCUUCUGUGCCCACCUUAUUAGACAAGUGGGUAUCCAUAGAUGAGUAUCUUGAAGGGUACUUAGUCGAGAGGAGUAGUAGAUACGGAAAGAAGAUGGAGGUGCUUGAACUAGGAAUGCAGGAGAUAAGAACAUAUUUCAGGCUCUUCUUGUUAUCGUCUGUUCUGUUAAUGUUCAUGUUCUGUUCCAGAAUUUCAAAAAGCAAGUGUGCCAGACCAAUUGUUUCUGCUAUUGCAAUCUGAUACUGUGAAACGACUCCGUGUUAGAGGCUUCGUGCUGCACUGUAUUGACCGACAUGUUGUUCCGCACAUUUCCUCCACUUCUCCAUUGAUUUUCAAUACCAAUUGUGAAACACCAUGAGCAGCAAGAAGUUUAGGUCCAUAAUUUGAAGUGAAUUUUUUGAUUUCACGUUCCCAGUUGUCAUGGGAAAAAGGAGAAGCAAAAAUAAGAAACAUGUAGGGGGUGGGUGUAUGCCAAAUUUUUUAGAAAAGCUGUACUUUAAGUUGAAUUUUUUAUUUUGUACAAGUACGCACGAUGGGAACAAUAUUCAAACCCAUAAUAUUCUUUUCAUUUAAGCGAUCAUCUCUUUGCUUGGAUUGAA